CUUUGGUCCGCAGUUGCUGAGGGGAAAAGAGGGCGCCGCCAUUUUGUCGACAGCGAGGAGAGUGGAGGCCUCAGCCGGGAGCUUGCCCAAGGUCCUCUCGCGGCCCAGUCGCAACCGAUUCUGUCUUGUCCUGCCUAGGCUUCGCGCCAACGGACUGUAAGGAAGACACAUUAACCUCUGUCUCCCAUCUUCCCAAAUGCUAUUAAGUAACAUCACGGCGGAGAUGUCGGAAUACAUCCGAGUUACAGAAGAUGAGAAUGAGGAACCCAUUGAGAUCCCUUCAGAAGAUGAUGGGACUGUGUUACUCUCUACAGUUACUGCUCAGUUCCCAGGGGCAUGUGGUCUGCGUUACAGAAACCCGGUAUCUCAAUGUAUGAGAGGAGUCCGAUUAGUGGAAGGAAUUCUUCAUGCGCCAGAUAAUGGCUGGGGAAAUUUGGUAUACGUGGUGAAUUAUCCCAAAGACAACAAGAGGAAAAUGGACGAAACGGAUGCUUCGUCGGCCGUUAAAGUGAAACGAGCGGUGCAGAAAACCUCCGAUCUGAUAGUUUUGGGUCUUCCGUGGAAAACAACAGAGCAAGAUCUGAAGGAGUAUUUCAGCACGUUUGGAGAAGUUCUCAUGGUGCAGGUUAAGAAGGACAUCAAAACUGGCCACUCAAAAGGGUUUGGCUUUGUGAGAUUUACCGACUACGAAACCCAAGUGAAAGUCAUGUCCCAGCGUCACAUGAUCGAUGGGAGAUGGUGCGACUGCAAGCUCCCCAAUUCUAAGCAAAGUCCAGAUGAACCUUUGCGUAGCAGGAAAGUGUUCGUUGGCCGUUGCACUGACGACAUGACCGCCGAUGAGCUCCGUCAGUUUUUUUCACAAUACGGAGAAGUGGUUGAUGUCUUCAUUCCCAAACCAUUCAGAGCUUUUGCCUUCGUGACGUUUGCUGAUGAUCAGGUUGCCCAGUCCCUCUGUGGUGAGGACUUGAUCAUAAAAGGAAUCAGCGUCCAUAUAUCCAAUGCUGAGCCUAAGCAUAAUAGCAGUAGACAACUAGAAAGAGGUGGAAGAUUUGGUGGAAUACUCCUGUCUCCAUGCUUUCCUCAUCCAAGACUCCAUCACACUGCACAUGCUGCGUCUUAAGAUGGUGGGUGUUCCAUUUUAUCCGCUCCUCUUUUUAUUUCAUGGAGUCGUACUCAACGCUGUGAACGCAAGGCUGUGAGAUGGAAAACCAGAAGGCUUGUUUGAACUUCUGAAAAACCUUGUGUGGGAUUGGAUUUGUGGUGCCAAGGCAUGUGAGGGCUUGGUAUGUGCGAGAAAAAGAAGGAGGCGCAUGCAGAGAGAGACUUGGUGGUGCAUUAUGGGAUUUUUAAAAAAAAAAACCAUUUUUUUUUCUUGACGCAAUGUCCCUCGACCUGUGGCUUUGGUGAGAGUGUGCGGAGAGCGAUGGGAGCAGACGUACGAAUGUUUUCCUUGCAUUCAAAACGGACAUCUGAUCUGGAAGAACUUAAAAAAAAGGGUGGGGAGGGCGUUUUACUUAGUUAACCAAAUUAGUUGGAUGUGUUAAGUGAAACGAAUAUCUGUAUUUUUUUUUUUCCUCUCCUUUGUGUCAACUCUGCUGUGAAUGCUGUAUGGUGUGUGUUAUUUUGUUCAAUGAUCCUGUAAGUGUGGUAAUGUGAACCGAAGGUGGGGCUUUUGAUGGGAACAUCCAGUUCGUAGUGUGCUUUCUGUGUAUUUUUUUUUUCUUUUUUUCUUCCAGCAAAGCUCACUUGCAAGCUCAGGUGUUCCCUUGCGGGUGGACGUUUUUUCUGUCUGUAAGAUAUCCAUAUGAAUGCUGUUUGCUGAAGUUCUGUGUUUGGAUGCUUUUUUAUAAGAUUUGUCAAUGUAGGAAAUUCUUAAAUAAAACUGAUUUAAGUAA